AUGUCAUUCCAAAAUCAACAACAAAAAGGUGGAUUAUUAGAUCAAAUACUAUUAGAAGACAUUGCUAGAUAUUGUCCUAAUCAGUUCCUAUCUUUUCAUCAAUGUAUGGCAAAACCUGAUUCUUCAGGUUGUAUUAAUCAACAAGUUGAAUUAACAAAAUGUAUUAAAACUACAGUUCCAUCAUUUCAAAAAAUUCAAGGUGAAUGUUCGGGGAAAUUACAAGCAUAUGAAGCAUGCUUAAAGAUUAAUAAAAGUUCAACAGCUAAAUGUACACAUGAAUUAGAUCAACUAAGAAAUUGUGCAUUUGGAUCAAUAAAUAAAUAG